CACAGCGCUCCCUCGGCGCUGGCCAACAUGGCGACCCUCGAUGCCAGACGACCUUCGGCGUCGCAACAACGCUUCGGCUUCCGACGGCCAAACCACGGCGCACCGACGAUGACCUGGGCCCUGCUUGAGUCCACGUCGUAGCCCUACACCUGCCCGCGGCGGACGCUUGGGGUGUUCCGGCGGGACUGCCUCAGUGACGCCUCUCGUUUCUCUUUCCCAUCCCGAGCGAGGAAACAAACCUUCCGGACGUCCAGUCCCCCCUUUCUUCUGUGAGCCUCGAGUGCGUGAGGUGGGGGGGAGAACCUCGGGGGGCCGGCCCCCUGCCCGCUCAACCGCCUCCCUCGCCUCCGCGGCGGUGGCUGGUCCGCGAGGAGGCGCGAUGCCCUGGGCGCCUCAGCAGCGCACGCCUCGGCGCUGCGCCGCGGCCCGGGUCGGCCUGCCGCCGCCGCUGCUAUCGCCGUCCUUCUCCGGACCACAGCGCAGGCAGCCAAAGCCCGGAUUACCUGCGUCUCCAGCAGCACUACUAGGGGCAGCGGGCCAGCGCGGCGGGCGAUGCUGUCGGGGCCCUGAGGAGCGCUCCAUGGGCCGCCGCCGCCUGCUCUGCGCCUGGCUCCUGCUGGCGGGCCAGCUGGCGGCCUGGCCCCAGGCCGUCCAGCCCUCCUCGACCACCAGCGCCUCCACGCCGCACCACCCGCGCUGGUCCGACGCCGUGCUCAGCCUGGUGCGCCGAGGCCGCAACGUGUCGGCCGCUCUGCAGCUCGUGCACGAGUCACAGCACUGGACAACGUGCAGCCGCGUCUCGCUCGCGCCGCUUGGCGUGCGGCCAAACGCGCGCGCCACCACCUCACCGCUCCUGGAGCGCCAGGCACAGGUGGCCGUACGCACGGCCAACCUGCUCACCUCGCUGUCGGCGCGGCUGCAGAACGACACCGAGCUGGUGUACGGCGAGGACCUCUACUACACGCUGGCGCGCAUGAACGUGCGCAGCGAAGACGGCGUGCUGGGCAGUGGCCUGCUGGUGGUGCCCCGGGGCCGCGAGGCGCCCGUGCUGAGCGUGUUCGCGUACUCGUCCCCUUCCGGGGGCCUCGCCUUCCACCGAAACUACUCGUACGACGCGGACUCAGUGGACCAGUGCGCGUGGUUCGCCCGCCUCGCCAGCGCCAACUACACGGCGUGGCUGCUGCGGCGCUACGCCACCAGCGUGCUCGACGUCGCCAGCGGUCUGCAGGUGGCCGCCCGCGACGGACUGUGGACGGCGCCGUACUUCGACUGCGCCGUCACCGACGCCUGGGUGGCCACGUUCGCGCUGCCCUUCCUCGGCGUCCGCAGGGACAACUCGCUCGUGUUCAGGGGGGUGGCCACUGUAAAUAUUGCGUUGAACACGAUGGACAUCAACCAGUGCUCCGACGACGAUUUUUUCUUCGCCAAAAGUCAUCGGUGUGAUCCACAAAGUGCCGAGUGUGAGCCCUCCGUCGGCUUGGGCUUCCGGCGGGGCGGUUACCGAUGCCGCUGCCGCGAAGGUUUCUACACCCCCGCCUCGUUGGACGACGGCAGCGACACGGCGGCGGCGGGCAGCGGCGAGGCGCUCGAAGCUGCCGCGUCCGCCGAAUUUCGCUGCCUGCCCUGCCCGUCCCGGUGCGGCGGCGCCUGCCAGCGAGCCGACGCCACCGAGCAGCGGGAGGAGGCGUGCUUCGUGCAGUACAACAUAGCCUGGCGCACGUUGGCCCUCGGUCUGCAGGGCUUCUGCACCAGCGUCACUGUCGUGCUCAUGGCGGUCGUAUUCAGGCUAAGAAAGUCCAAGAUGUUUGCGUCGGCCAUGUGGAUUCUUCUAGAGGUCAUUUUGUUGGGAGCUCUUAUUAUCUACCAAAACAUCAUAAUACGUUACUUCGAACCUACCACGACGACCUGUUUAUUAGAACCUUGGUUCCGCGAAAUAGGAUUCAUCGUCCUCUACGGCGCGCUUUUACUGAAGAUAUACAGGAUCCUAGCGGAGUUCCGGACGCGAAAGGCGCACCGCGUGUGCGUCCGGGACAAGGACCUGCUCAAGUACCUGCUGGGGCUGGUGCUGGUCGUCGCCGGCUACAUGUCGGCCUGGACGGCCGUGGUCAUGGACAACUGGGAGAAGGGCCACAGCAUCCUGCAGGUGGCCCGCGCCGCCGGGCACCGCUCCGCGCUACGCUUCCUCGUCUGCCGCGCGCUCUGGUGGGACUACGUCACCGAGUUUGGGGAAGCUCUGUUCAUGCUUUUGGGCAUCUACUUAGCCUAUUGUAUACGUAAUGCCAAAGUUGAGUACUACACAGAAAAAUGGACUCUCUGCUGCUCUGUUUACAUCGAAACCCUGUUCUCCCUUAGUAUGUACAUAAUUCGGCACGCAUUGGCGGCUGUUCUCGAGCCUGACCAUGUGUUUCUGCUAUACUUCAUUCGCUGCCAUUGUACUGUCACCGUCAUCCUGUUCCUCGUAUUCGCCCCCAAGUUAUGGUACCACCAUCGGCCUCCCAACUUGGCAACAGAGCAUCGCAGUCGUCAUUUUUCAUCGUAUGAAAUUCCGGAUCCGCAUCCAGAGAAUCUGAAACUCCACGAAGCCGUUCUUUCCAACGGAGAGGUGGACAUUGCAGACAUAAAUCUGGCAGACAUGGAUCCGGAAGACAUAAGGGCUGAGCUUCGGCGCGUGUACACCCAACUGCAAGUGCUGCGGAACAAGACGAUGCGCAAGGACAACCCGCACAUCUCGAAGCGCCGCGGUGGCCGCAAGGUGACGCACCGGCGGUUCUCGCUGCAGCCCUUCCACCACAAGCACAAGCACGCAGCGCACUCUGCGGCGCACGAGCAAGAGACCACCGAGGUCUCCAAGACGCCCGAGGACUCGACGGCCAGCGGAGAGGGCGGGCCCGUGCCCGACGGACCGUCCGUCACGAGCGUCUCGGGCAUCGGCCGGCCCCUGCAGUUCGACGACGCAGCCACUCCCUCGACGCCCGUCACCCCGUCCCGGAGGUCCUAGGACGCCGAAACAACGAGACGCAGGCAAGGGGACCAAGGGAGCGUGCCAAAACUUUUAGGACCACAGCAAAUCAGCAAUGCGCAAAGGCCGGCGCCAACUUUUCGCAAUCGUGCCCAGCAAAAAGUCCCGGGUUGAUGGUGAAUAGCCGGAAAGUGACGCGAACUACACUUGCGUCCUCUAAAGGAUGUGCAGUAAUAGGACAAGAUAUGGUAUACCAAAGUGAGGACAUCGCGCCAACGGCCCAAUAGUGCGUCUGCUGCUACAAGCACUCUCCACAGACCUUAUACACACUAAUGGGUGCGUUCCAAUUCUGCCGGCCUGACUGAACGUGCUAGAACCAGAGCCUACAGUGAUUUUAAAUUUCGUUCAAUAAUACGCUCGUUGACACUGAGCCAUCAAAACGAAAAACACGGCUCCGUUUAAGCGUACACGAAAUGCUCGACCGUUCUUUCUCGCUCCGAAGUUCUGUGUCACGCAACAAGUUUUGUUCGUGCUCUUUCACCAGCGUGAGGUCGGUGAUGUGCAGAAUUCUUUCCACACGGCCGCGAUGUCUUCCUUUUCUUGAACACUGUCGCCAAUAUCAACGUCUGGGGGAAGGAAUAAUACCACUCACUUUAUUUUUUCAGCAUUUCUCAAUGGUGCGCUAGACCUUUACAGCAUAUCUGUUUGACUCGGAUACCAGAAGUCUACAAGUUAAAGCGAAAAAAAAAGA